GAUCAAGCGUCCUCCUCCGCCGCCGCCGCAGCACCCGCGCUCCGUCUCCGUCUCCUGCAACCUUGAACAUGGCCGCGCCCGCACCACCACGGCAACGUUGCUGUUCCCGUGCGGUGCGGUGGUAGUAGACGACGCAAAUAUCCUCGCCGCUGCUUCCGCCGGCGUCCUGCUGCCUGUCUUCCGCGAGGGUGUUCUGCCAUUGGAGGUCACGUUGCUGUCUUGGCGGUAUUGUGGUGUCGUGUGGUCGAGUUCCGGUGUCUUUCUGGUGGUGGUGGUGCUGUCCACUUGAGCAGCCGCCUCCCAUGGUAGAGGAUGCUGCUCUCCUCGCUGCUGCUACAGCUGCUGCCUGUCUUCAGACAGGUCAUGUUGCUGUCUCGAUGGUGCUGCUUUAUCGACUUCCUCGGUGGCUUCCUGGUGGCGCUGCUGUACACUGGAGCAGCCGUUGUACAAGACGUCAUUCUCCUUGCUGCCGCCACCGCCGCCUCGUGUCCAACUGCUUGACCAUGGAUACUGCUGCCGUCUCCACAGAGCUCCUUCUUCCACUGCAGAGGACGGAACUAUCCUCGCCGCUGCUUCCACCGGCGUCCUGCUGCUUGACCAUCGCUGCUGCAUCUCUUGAGCGAGGGUGUUCUUCCAUUGGAGGUCACGUUGCUGUCUCAAUGGUAUUGUGGUGCCGUGAGGUCAAGUUCCGGUGGCUUUCUGGUGGUGGUGCUGUCCACUGGAGCAGCCGCCUCCCGCUCUCCUUGCUGCUGCCUGUCUUCAGAGAGAUGGCAUCGACAGGACCAUGGAGUGGAGCGGCUGGAGCAUCUCCAAGAUCCCAUCCAAGCAACAAGAUUGUCCAGGAAACCCUAUUCGACCAUGUCCUGCAGGUAAAGAGAGGGCGAAGAAGACCAACAAGAAGACUUAAGGAAAGAUCAGCGCUCGAUCCUUUCUACUUUCUGUAUGUAUUUGAUCUGGUAGUUCUGGUGCAGGUGAGUCGGACCUGGAACUGGAAUUUGUACAUGUGUAGUAGCAACUAUUUCCAUUCCCGGGUUUCUGUUUGGUUGAGUUGACUAUUUGAAUGUUAUAUGACCUGUGCUUUGUGCACUAUUAUUGUGAAUUAUUUGAUCUGUGAUUUGGAUGACCAAAAAGGGGAAAGGCCACGGCCAAAUUUCGAGCACGCGUGCUAACUAAACUUCCAUUGAUUUAUUUCUUAGUUGCUGCUUUCUUUCUCAUAAUUAAAUGCUUUCUUUCUCUUAAUUAACUGCUUUCUUCCUCUUAAUUAAUUGCUUUCCUUUUUCUUUCAGAUCACCCCAGCUGGAGCAAUGAAGUUCACCUGUACAUGUUCGUACCGGAGCUAGCUAGUUCCACUCCGCUGCGAAGCCUGUCUGUGGCCCGGGACCUAGUGGCGCCGUCAACGCAGUGCCCGCCGUGGCUUUUAAUGUUAUUUUCUUCCAUCGUUGUAAUGUUCGCUGGUGGUUGGCAUUUGUAACAUCAUUCUUGUAAGGAGUUGUAAUAGUGUAGUAUAGUAGAUGUUUACAUUGCCAUGUUGGUAGUCUUUUCUUAGACUGUUUUCGUUUGUUUGAGACCUGUGAUCUGAUUUGAAUUGUGUGUUCAGAUGUCAUAUUGGUUGUGCUAUUUGCACAAUUAUUAUGAAAUUGUUUGAUCUUUGUUC